CCUCCUCCCCUUCCCCCCCUCCCACCCCUCUCCACCACAUCACCUGCACACCACCAUGUCCACCGGCGACCUCUCGUACGAGACCCUCGACCACAUGUUCGACAACUCCGAGUACCAGGAGCUGUACACCCGCCUCGAAGCCGAGCUCACCAUCACCUCGGCGGCGCAGGCUGAGGCUGGCGAGUCGGACUCGGAGGAGGACGUGGAGCUGCUCUGGCGGUUUGCGCGGGUCUGCUACUCGAUGCACACCGAGAACAAGGCCGACAAGAAGGCGGCCGAGGCGUACCUGCGGCUGGCGAUCGACGCGGCCAAGCAGGGCAUGCGGCUCGACGAGGGCCACUUUGCGCCGCACAAGUGGUACGCCAUCGCACUCGGUGGGCUCGGCGGCUACGUCUCGACUAAGGAGAAGAUCGGGUAUGCGUACGAGAUCCGCGAGCACGCCGACAAGGCGCUCGAGCUCAAGCCCGGUGACUCGGCUACGCUGCAUCUCAUCGGCCGCUGGUGCUUUGACGUCGCCGGCAUCGGCUGGGCCACCCGCAAGAUCGCCUCCAUGCUCUUCGCCACCCCGCCCGAGUCGUCGUUUGACGAGGCGCUCACGUUCUUCGAGCAGGCCCGCGACGCCCUUCCCGACGACGCCAAGAACACCUUCCCGGAGAACGACUUGUUCAUCGGCAACACUCUGCUGAAGCUCUCCCGCAAGGCCGAUGCCCGCGCUGCCUUCCAGGCCGCCGUCGAUGCACCUAUCAAGGGCGCCGACGGCCAGCGCAUCCACGAUGAGGCCGCCAAGCAGCUUUAGUAUCCCGCGCACACUCGCACACAGGCCCGUGCGCGCUCACAUUGAAUCUGGCUGCGCCCUGCCAUGCUGCGUCGCAAGGAGCUCCUCUAGCCGCUGCCUCUCCCGCCGCAGCUGCGACUCCCUGUGCUCUGUCGCCGCCAGCUGCUGGCGUAAGGCCUCGCGCUCGGCCGUGGCCGCGCCGAUCUCUGCCUGAAGCGUGUUGAACGACGCCGAGCGUGGUGGUGGUGCGCAGCCAGCGACCACUUUGUGCUUCUUCCGUCGCCGCCGUGCUUGGAGCUGGCUGGCUUUGACGGCUCGCUUCGCCUUGCAGGCCUUGGCUUUUGCCGCGCCGAUCACGCGGUGCGCAACAAGCGAACGGUCGGCGCACGCCCAAACACUCGCGACUGCCUCGCCGGGAAUCAGGCGAGUAAGCGACUCAAUGUGGUGGCUGUACGUCAUUUGGCGGUCGGCAAUGGCAGCGAUGUGGGUGACUGUGGCACCAAGCGCGGUGUCAUCGUCUCCAACACCCGCCUC